AUGGAUAAGACUAAGAGCUUGGUUAUCAUGGUGCUUGUCCUGGGUCUAGUUCUGGAGCAGCAGAGCCAACUAGUGCAUGCUAACAGCUGCUGCCCAUCCAGGACUGCAAGAAGAAUGUACAAUGCAUGCCGCGUUCAUCAGGGCGCUUCCAGGGAAACGUGUGCAAGGUUCGCACGCUGCAAAAUUGUUCAGGGGAAAUGUAAAGACCCUCAUUACAUUGUUGACCAGUCCCCCUACUCGGACUCUGAGGUAGCGAAUGUUGUGCUUGAAUUCUGCAAGUCGGGAUGCACAUCGUCUGUGUGCAACAACAUCAAGACUGCUGUCCUCCAAGAAGAUGCUAAUGAUGAUGCCGUGGACCGCUGCGGCGAAGCAUGCCACCGCUUCUGCACCAACACCAAGCAAGCAUGCCACCGCUUCUGCACCAACACCAAGCACGUUGACACUGCCACCAAUGUUUCUUAA